AUGCAUCCUGGUCAUACUCUAGAACCCCGACUCCUAGCCAUAGGGGACAGCUCAUAUGAUGCCGAUAGCACACAAUCUUGCGAUUCAGAUGUCGACGAAGAGGACUCGGUUGCUGCAAAUUGUUCCCUUACUGUUGUUCCUUCUGGCAUUGAUAGCAAUAUCUCCAGUGGCUAUGUUGGCUAUGCCGUGGUCCUUUAUGAUUAUGAAGGUGAUUAA